UGAGCACACCCCCUCCGUCCGACGAAUCCCAAAAAAGCCCGGUGUAGAUAGGGUCAAGUCUGAAAAAAUCCCAACUUCUUAUUGGUUUUGUUGCACAGGUUUUUGAUGUGCUCUUUCCAGGUGAGGUCUUUCGUGAUGGUUACAACUAAGUGCUUAACGCUAGGGACCAUCUCCAAGGUCUGGCCGUGGAGUUGGUAGUAGUACUGGAAGACCCUCCUAAUGCGGGUGACACGAAGGGUCUGGCACUUCCCAGGGUUAAACGUCAUGCUUCACUUGUGCUCCCAUUCAGCAAGCCGUUCCAGGUCUUGAUAAAGCACUAACUGGUCCUUUGCAGAGAUGAUGGUGUUGUACGCAGCAGUGUAAUCAGCAGGUCAGGACAGAUGGCAAAGCAUUGAUAACGAGGGUCCCAAGACUGUGGGAGCCCUGUGGGAACUCCGAUUUCACACUGACGAAGUCGGAACGCUUACCACUGCCGCUUAGGUUCUGUCAGUGAAGAAGGCUGUGAUCCAAGCACUGAUCUCUCCACGGAUGCCAUAAUGGCAUAAUGUAUGUUGUAGUAGAUAUAAAAGUUAGAUAAGUAGAUAUAAAAGUUAGAUAAGUAGAUAUCAAAGGCUUUUGCAAAGUCCAUCACAGGGACGUCCGUCUGACGGCACUUACCAUAUUUUCAAACAGCUCUUCUGUGAAUUUAAGAAGUUGUGUUUCAAAUGACCUCUCUCUUCUAGAACCGUGUUGUUGGUUACAAAGAAUGCUGUGGUCUUCUAGAUGACCCAUCAUAGUGUUGAAUAAGAUGUGCUCAAGCACAUUAAAAAAAAAACUCGUUAUCGACACUGAGUGGUAGUUACCUGCUCAACUUUCUUGAACACCGGUGCAAUAUGGCUGUUUUCCAGUCAGAUGGUAGCGUGCCAGUACUAACUGAAGAUUGGAGGGCGAUGGUGAGUGGUACUGCUAUUUCAGAUGCUAGUACCCCUGGAACCAUUACAGUAGCAAUUUCUUGACCCCCUAAAUCCAAAUGUUGACCUUAUGAAGAAUGGGUAGUCCGCCGGUGGCAUGUUGCACUUCUCCUGAAAUUCUUUUAUAGAGUUCAACUGUCCCCGAACACUGUAUGAAACUGUUCAAUAUGUCAGCAUGACCCUUAUGAUCGGACAUAAGACGCCCUCCGUCAGGUCCUACUCCUCAAACUGAAACACUUUAACAUCUCUUUAGAAGACCUCGUCACAGUCUAUGUGUCCUAUAUAUGCUCAGUUCUCGGGUACGCUGCCCCCGUCUGUCACUCUGGAUUGAUCAAUGGGCUUACUAAGCAGCAAAAUCGAGAAGGUUCAACGGAGAGCCACAAGCAUCAUGAUGGGUGCGAAGUACACACCCUACACCGAGGGCUGCUAAUACUCGGAACUACCCACCCUUCAGACACGAUGUCAUAACUAAGAACUUUGAAAACUACCUUAGACAAUCUGAACAGUCCCGGCAUUUACUGCCACCUGUCAUAGGUGCAAUAAACCAGAUCAUCCUAUAAACUAAGCACUCCUCGCAGCAGAAUUGAUCGUUCUCAGAACAGUGCUCUGCCCAUAAUGAUACGUCUGCUUAAUACGUAAAACUGACACAUUUGCUGGACUUGCUAUUGUGGUAUUUACAUUGGCGCAUAACAUUGGUGUCACUGAUGGCAGAUUGUGAAACAUAAUAGUGAGUCAUAGAGAGGUAAAUGAGGUGGAUGUUUUAAAUAUUAUAAAAUAAAACAAUGCAAUAUUCCAAGAUAGGACUUUUACACAUUAAACAACUAGUUUGCCUGUCAAAGAAGAUCAUUUUCAUAGAUUUUGCAUGUAGGUAUGACAGAAGUUAUUAAAAUACCAGAACUUUAAAUUAUGUUAACUCUUUAUUAUGUCUGACAAUUGCCUUUUCCCUUAUGACCUAAAAGAAAAAAAGGCCUGCUGACCAAUUUGAAUUUCUCAUUAAUAAAAAAAAAAUACCACAAACACCAUCAUUACUUCGGGGAGGCGUCUGUUUCAUGGACUUUUUUAAAGCAAUGUUUAUUAUUCAUGGGCAAGUAAAUAUAUUUUAAAACGCAUCCGAGAUUGCUACGUCAAUUGCUAAAGAUCGAUGUACCUACGUUUUAUUUUUUGUUUAUUUGCAUCAUGUGUUAAUCUAAAUAUCUUAUGCCUGUUGCAGUUGUGUUUCACUCAGCAUUUAUAUUCAUAUUGAGCCAUGUGUUAUUAAACACGUGGAACCUGCAACACAAAUGGUUGCGCCAAUUGUGCUCGCUGCAAGAGAACAGAAAAUCUGUGCAAGAAAGAAUGACACGAUGUUAACGUUGAAUGAACCGCCAUGCGUCUGCAACAGAAGAGUACGUGAAAUCAUACAUACCUCUCCGCAGUGGACACUGGAACUUGAACAAAAGACGAAAAGUUUAGAACGAUUUGAGAGGCGGAAGAUCUGUAUGGACGACAUAUACAACUAUGUGGACGGCAGGUCACCAGUCAGCUACCCAGCUCAUGGUCUCUACGUUAUGCCCCUACGGGCAGUUUUAAUCAAAGGACUACGAAUUGAAUGGUUCAUCCCCCGCCGGGGUACCCAAGAAGAAAAGGUGGAAUUUCGUGCUGAAAAAGGCGUUUUUACUACGCUAUGUAAUUACGAAAACGUCUAUAUUGAAGGGAAAGAGACCAAAAGGAUGACAAUAAGAACAAACAGCCCAUCCCUGCUGAAUCUUCAGCUUCAGGACAUAGUGUACCGUAAUACGGAAUUUGACACCAACAUAUUUGAAAAAGUUCUUCUUCGUUACUUGGAAUUCAAUAUUACAAUUCCGAUUCAUAUUCAACAUCGACAGGUUCCAUGGCUGUAUAGAAAAGGAACUGUCGAAGAAAGGGUCACUGUGAUUGUUAAAACGUUUCUUCGGUACCAUAAGGCAAAAUCUGCGAUUUACUCUAUCAAGAGAUUGUAUCCAAAUACAAGAAUCAUUAUUGCUGACGACACUCCCCCGACGAACUUUACAAACCUGCAAGGUAUCAACAUGGAUCACUUUAGAAUGCCAGGCUUCACUGGCUACUUUGCGGGAAGAAAUCUAGGACUGUCUCAAGUUUGGACUGAGUAUUUUCUCUACAUGGAUGACGACCUUUAUUUUACCAAUGGAACAAGGCUGGAUGUCCUUGUCUCAUUUUUGGACAAGACUAAUUUUCACUUGGUAAGCGGAGCAGCAGAAGGAAAGAAAAGACAUGUGCACACUCUUCGUGUUCUUGGAAACGGUACUUACUCUUGCCACAGAAAGGAGCAACGCCAUUAUCAGGAGAUAAAAGGUUUUCCGGGUUGUUUUGUGGCAGAUCUCGUCCCGAAUUUUUUUCUUGGUUCCACCCAUGAAGUUAAAUCUAUCGGAUUCGACCCACACCCAGCCCUGUCCCGUGUUGGACAUUACGCUUUCUUCCUCUCUGCACUGGGGAGAAUCCGGAUUGCCUUCUGUACUACUGUGGAAUUCGGACACAACAAGACAACAACAGAGGCUGACGCAGCAUAUAGGAGCUUUCGCUAUGUCGGCCCAGAGUAUUAUAAGAUGAGGGGCCAUCACGAGUUAUUUAAAUAUAAUUUUGCUUGUUAGUUAAAAAUGUUAUUAAUAUUCUUGCUCAUUAUUACGUAACCUAAACUUUGCCAAUCGUCAGAACACAAACGGAACAGGUAAAAAGUGCUCUAGUCUACUGUUUAAUAAACUUGAAGAAAAAAAUAUAAAGCUUGCUUGUGGUCUCACCGGUGCCAUGGCUCAAGUAGGUAGAAUGCUCGCUUUGUUACUGGGAGGUCGUU